CAGGAAAGUGUGGAAGAACUUGCAAAGCAUUUGGUUUGUAGAGAGAGAGAGGGCUGGACAAAAAUGAAUGCCUUAAAAACCUGGAGGCAGUUAUGUCGGCUUAGCCAUCAGCAGAGGUUAUUUGUGCAGGCCACAUAUAGCUCGUCAAUGCUUUCAAGAAAACAGUCAACACAAUCUUCAUUGAGUCUCAAAGACGCCCUUGAGCGAGUGGUUCCUGAGAAACAAAAAGAAGUCCUUGAAUUUAGGAAGAAAUAUGGCAACGAAAAGCUUGGAGAAUACACAGUGGACCAGGCUUAUGGUGGAAUGAGAGGUAUCAAGGGAUUAGUUACUGAGACAUCCCAUCUAGACCCCAUAGAGGGUAUUGAGUUCCGUGGUUACACAAUUCCACAGUGCCAAGAACUUCUUCCAAAGGCUGAAGGYGGAGAGGAACCCYUACCUGAAGGUCUUUUUUGGYUGUUGAUAACRGGAGAAAUACCAACAAAGGAGCAGGUUGUAAACUUGUCUCAUGAGUGGGCAGCCAAAGCAGAUCUUCCCCAACAUGUUGUACAAAUGCUGAAUAACUUUCCWGAUACCUUGCAUCCUAUGAGUCAGUUCAGUGCUGCUAUUACAGCCAUGAACAGCGAGAGCAAGUUUGUACAAGCUUAUAACUCUGGUGUUCCAAAAGCUGAUUACUGGAGGUAUGUGUUUGAUGACUCUAUGGAGCUGAUUGCUAAGCUACCCACCUUGGCUGCAUACAUCUACCGUAACUUAUACAAAGAUGGUAAAGUUGCGCCCGUCGACCCUAACAGUGACUGGUCAGCUAACCUGGCAACCAUGUUAGGAUUUGAUGACAAGAUGUUUACUGAAUUGAUGCGGCUUUACUUGACAAUCCAUACUGACCAUGAGGGUGGUAAUGUCAGUGCACACACUUGUCAUCUUAUUGGAAGUGCUUUGUCUGAUCCAUAUCUCUCCUUUGCUGGUGGUAUGAAUGGUCUUGCWGGACCCCUUCAUGGAUUAGCCAAUCAGGAAGUUCUAGUAUGGCUGACCAAGUUAAGUGAAGCACUUGGACCUGACCCAUCUGAUGAGAAAGUCAGAACUUUUAUUUGGGACUCUCUUAAGGGAGGAAAAGUUGUUCCAGGAUACGGUCAUGCUGUUCUCAGAAAAACAGAUCCUCGAUACUCAUCUCAACGUGAAUUUGCCCUCAAACAUCUUCCUGAUGAUCCAAUGUUUAAGCUGGUGAGUCAGGUUUACAAGAUUGCCCCAGAUGUUCUCCUUGAACAAGGCAAAGCCAAGAACCCAUGGCCAAAUGUUGAUGCCCAUAGCGGUGUGCUUUUGCAGUACUAUGGCCUUACCGAGAUGAAUUACUAUACUGUCCUGUUUGGRGUGUCUAGAGCUCUUGGAGUCCUGGCUUCCUUAGUUUGGGACCGUGCCUUAGGGCUUCCAAUUGAAAGACCAAAGAGUAUGACAACUGAGCUUCUCAAGAAGCAUGUUGGGGCAUCRUAAUGUUACACUGCUGAAAACAGAAAUAUGUCAAUGAGAAAAUGGUUCAAGGAUUUUUUUAUGGAGACAAACCUGGCAUGUAAAUUUUCACUUUGUUUAAGCUAAAGUAUCUAGGGAAGUAUUGCCUGCAGUUUUGUCAAACCUCUAACAGCUAUAGUGAARUGACAUGUACAUGUAGGAAUACACCGCAAUCUAAAUGCUUAACAAUAAUCAAGCUAAUAGUCUUUUGUGAAAUACUUUCCAGUAAAUUACUGCCAGCUUGCUGGCAUUGUGUGUAUCUCAAGGCAAACAAAUAAAUUUUACCAAUUUUGUCUGUUUAA